CUGGGGAAAUGAAUUGAGGAUGCCUUGUGUUUUCAUUUAGAUUUUGGUUCUGAUGUGUAGCUUUAUAGACUCUUGUUUCUGCGUUUACGCCAGAGAAUACAGCAGACACAGUUCCAGUAGGGUCGAGGUAUUCAAAGAAAAACGAUUAAACGGCAUAGAAGAUGACAGAUAGAAGUGACCUAAAAGCUGAGCUUGAGCGCAAAAAACAGCGUUUAGCCCAGAUUCGAGAGGAAAAGAGAAGAAAGGAGGAAGAGAGGAAAAAGAAAGAGUCCGAUAUCCUACAGAGAGCCGAGAAUGUGUCGGAAGUCUCAGACCUAGACAGAAAGAGAAGAGAGACAGAGGCCCUCUUGCAGAGCAUUGGAAUUUCACCAGAACCACCUUUAGUGCAGCCACUGCAGCUUUUAACAUGGGAUACCUGUUAUUUUCAUUAUUUAGUCCCAACCCCUAUGUCUCCCUCUUCGCAAUCAGUAAGUCCAAUCAGUGAAACUGGAAGUCAGGAGUCCAUAGAUGGAGGGACAGUGGGAAGAUAUCGGACACUGCAAUGGGACACUGAUCCCUCUGCCCUUCAGCUUCUUGCAGAUUCUGUUCAUGGAUGUAGGAUGCAAAGACUUGGAGCAUCAAAAAUUGUUCAGAUUGACUUCAUGCCAAAGGAACUGGUGACAUACUCUAAAGAGACACAGACUCCUGUUGCAACUGAUCAACCUGAAGAGAAGGAGGAUGAGGAGCUAUCAGUGAUCAAAUCUGAGCCUGUGCCACAGCAGUUGGAGGAGGAAAACUCUCAGGAGACCAAAGAAGUUCACCCCAGAGAACUGACCAACGAGGAGAAAGAGCAGAUAAUUCACUCUGAGGAUUUCCUGUUUUUCUUCGAUCAAAGUAUCCGUGUAGUGGAGCGUGUGCUGGCUGAGGACACAGACGUUUUCUUUGACUACAGUGGCCGUGAUAUGGAGGAUAAAGAUGGGGACAUGCAAGCAGGAUCAAACUUGUCUUUUAAUCGACAUUUCUACAAUGAGAAUUGGUCCAAACAUCGAGUCGUCACUUCCCUGGAUUGGUCACCGCAGUGUCCUGAACUAUUAGUGGCCUCUUACAACACUAAUGAGGAUGCACCUCAUGAGCCAGAUGGAGUUGUGCUGGUCUGGAAUAUGAAGUUUAAGAAGACAACCCCAGAGUACAUAUUCCACUGUCAGUCAUCUGUGAUGUCAGUGGGCUUCGCUCAGUUUCAUCCUAACCUGGUGAUUGGAGGCACCUACUCUGGACAGAUAGCACUGUGGGACAAUCGAAGUCACAGGAGAACCCCAGUGCAAAGAACACCUCUGUCUGCUACUGCACACACUCAUCCGGUGUACUGUGUGAAUGUGGUGGGAACACAAAAUGCCAACAACCUGAUAACAGUAUCCACAGAUGGCAAGAUGUGCUCCUGGAGUUUGGACAUGCUCUCACAACCUCAGGAGAGUAUGGAGCUAAUCUACAACAAGUCAAAACCUGUGGCAGUCACUUGUAUGGCCUUCCCUGCUGGUGACGUCAAUAACUUUGUGGUAGGAAGUGAGGAUGGCACCGUUCACACUGCAUCCCGCCAUGGAAGUAAGGCUGGUAUUGGUGAAAUGUUUGAUGGGCAUCAGGGUCCUGUGACUGGAAUCAGUUGCCAUAACGCUGUGGGACCACUUGACUUCUCCCAUCUCUUUACCACUUCCUCAUUUGACUGGACAGUCAAGCUGUGGUCAACCAAACAUAACAAGCCCCUCUGUUCCUUUGAAGACAAUGCAGACUAUAUAUAUGAUGUCAUGUGGUCUCCAGUGCAUCCAGCCGUCUUUGCCACAGUGGAUGGCAUGGGUCGCAUUGACCUGUGGAACCUCAACAACCACACAGAGGUGCCUUCUGCAAGUGUAACGGUGGAAGGGGGGUGUGCACUGAACCGGGUCAGAUGGGCAUUGGGGGGCAAAGAGAUAGCAGUGGGUGAUUCAGAGGGCCGUGUUUGGAUCUAUGAUGUUGGAGAGCAGUUGGCCGUGCCCCAUACAGAAGACUGGAGCAAAUUUGCUCACACUCUCAUGGAGAUUCGGGCCAACAGAGGAGAUGGACAAGAAGAAGGUGCUAUGGAACUGCCUGCCUGAGAGCCACACACACAAACAAAUACAUUAACAUUCAGUGAAAAACGAGUAAAGAUAUGCUAAAACAGAUGCUUCUCUAGGUACAGACUGAGUGAAUCACACAUCCAAGCUACUGUGAUCGCAGAUCUUUUUUUUAUGCCUAUAGAAGCUUAUUUAUAGCAUGGGUGUUAAUUUGCAAAAGUUCCUCUUUCCAGUACUUAUACUGUAGUUAAAGGAAGAGUUCACAGAGAAAUGUAAAUUCUGUCAUCAUUUACUCACCUUCAUGCCAUCCCAGAUGUGUAUGACUUUCUUCUGCAGAUCACAAAG